AUGACACAACAACAAUUAUACUUGAAAUCAAUAGAAUUAGAUCCAACCAAUUCAUAUUCAUACUAUAGCCUUGCAAAUACACUUUCAAGAGGUGAAUCAAUCACACUUAUUAAUGGACAAUCAAUGACAGAACAACAACUAUACUUGAAAUCAAUUGAUUGUAAUCCAACCAACUCCAUGUCAUAUGAUAGCCUUGCAAUGACACUUUCAAGAGAUCCAACCAAUUUCAAUUCAUACUAUAACCUUGCAACAACACUUUCAAGAUUUGAAUCAAUCACACUUAAUAAUGGACAAUCAAUGACUGUACAACAAUUAUACUUGAAAUCAAUAGAAUGUGAUCCAACCAAUUCAAAUUCAUAUAAUAACCUUACAACAACACUUUCAAGAGGUGAAUCAAUCACACUUAAUAAUGGAAAAUCAAUGACACAACAACAACUAUACUUGAAAUCAAUAGAAUGUGAUCCAACCAAUUCAUAUUCAUAUCAUAACCUUGCAAAGACACUUUCAAGAGGUGAAUCAAUCACACUUAAUAAUGGACAAUCAAUGACAAAACAACAAUUAUUCUUGAAAUCAAUAGAAUUAGAUCCAACCAAUUCAUAUUCAUAUUAUAACCUUGCAACCAACACUUUCAAGAGGUGA